AUGGCAGCACCACAGAACAACUUGAACCUGGCGGCAAUAGGAACGAAGGCCCACUUGCUCUCAGAAUCGCAAGCAUAUUCCGCGCAAAAGUUCCACUAUUAUAGGAAUGGGAUUCCUGGCUACGAAUUGACCUAUUGGGAUAUCCAGAACGGGUUUCUCAAUGGAGAUCCUGUGCUGACCCAACGAUGGAAUGACAUUCAAGCUCGAAACGGUUUAAAUCCACCACCAGUUCCGGCCUUGGCUCGAUUCCAAUUCACCGCGAACCACAGGGACCGGCUUCGUACGAUUGCCGUCAACAAUCGGCUCCCCCUCAGGGCAAUGGUUGCUCCGCCGAAUGCCCCGAUCGAUCGUCGAGCACGCCAGACGGUGGCGCAAGAGUACACCACUCUCUACCCGCGGAUGCGUGCUACUUUUCGCUACUUCAAGUGUCUUGGAUGGGGAGGCGAAGGUAUCACUUCUCUCUGGAGGUAUUCGCCGGGGCCAGGCCAAAACCACAUGGUGGUGAUGAAGAUGUCGACAUCGGAAAAGACUAUUCAGGUGCCUAACGCGAGGCGACGUGUUAUUGACACAGAACAUAUUGACAAGGAGAGGAAAAUGAUAUCCCAACUCGGACGUGCCCCACAUAUAGUCCAGCGCUUCUACACGGCACAUCAUCCUAGAAAUAUAAAUCCCAACAAUGCCAGGCGGUCUGCUCGUCGAGCCCAGGCCGUGGCAAUGAUGGCCCAAGCAGUUGAUAGUCAAUACGGGUCUAGCUACUUCUUCAUGGAAUAUUGCAAACUCGGCGAUUUGGAGGCUCAACUUCGGAGAGCAGCCAGAGAUGGGCCGAACGGGAGGGAGAGAUAUUUGCCAGAACCUGUCCUCUGGCGCUUCUUCGACUGUCUGGUCAAGGGUGCCAUGGCGAUGGAAGAGCCCCCAAUGCAGAAUACAGUCUCGCAGACUUUACCAACAGACUCGCGAGGAGAUUUCCUCCCUGAGCAGAUUACUGCCAACAACCAGGGACGUGAAGGCAUAGUGCAUAUGGACCUAGAACAAUUUGCCAAAGAUUGGGAUCUGGUUCCUCGCUAUGAAGACCCUUCUGAUACCCAUUCCGCUUCGAACUGGCCGCCCCCCUGGAUGCCGCCGUGGGGACCACCGCCGCCGAUCACAUCUGGUCCUGCGAGGUACUCUGCCGCGUCAAAUGUGUGGCACAUAGGACUGAUCAUAAAAACUGCCUUGACACUGUUGGACCCGGACAUGCCGCCCUACGCAGGGAGGAUGACAAGCGCAGAGCCCCCAAAUGUAACGCCUACUCAAGAGCGCUGGACAUACGGGUGGUCGCUCCUGGACCCCCUCGAGCCGUGGGCUACCAAUAAUAUGUACUCGCAGGCGCUGCGGGACGUCGUGGCGGAGUGUCUCAUGGCAAAACAGGAACACCGCCCUACCCUGAACAAUUUACAACAAAGGAUUACCCAGCAGCUGGCCAUGGCGGCUAACCAAGUGAUCCCACAAUACUGGACAAAUACGUUCUUUCGUGAACCACGACGACCGAGGCAGCCGCCCCCCGACACAGCGGACGUCGACACUAUAGAUCCAUUCUGGGACUAUGAGAAUGCCGAAGCCCUGCAAUGA